CUAAAUAAAAAUAAAAAUAUUGAUCUUAGAAAAUUACUCCACACAAAUUUCUCAAUUUGCAAUAAAGUUGGUCCUAAAUUCUUACAAUGGCAACGUCUCUUUUAGAAAUAGAUGGCAGUGUUCUUGAGGGUGGAGGCCAGAUUCUAAGGAUUUCCACUGCCUUGAGUUGUUUGACACGGCAGCCCAUCACAGUGUACAAUAUCCGAGCCAGCAGAAGUAACCCUGGCCUUAGACCCCAACAUCUUAAAGGCUUAGAACUAGUAGCAGAUAUCUGUGAUGGUGAGUUGAAGGGUGGGACCGUCGGGUCACGUCUCAUUCAGUUCUUCCCAUCCAAGAUCAAGCCAGGCAAUUAUAGUGCAGACACACAAACUGCAGGGAGUAUCUGUCUGCUGAUUCAGGUGGCCAUGCCUUGUGCUUGGUUUGCUAACUCUCCAGUUGAGAUGACUGUGAAAGGGGGUACCAAUGCCGAGAUGGCCCCGCAGAUAGACUACAUGACAAUGGUCUUCAAGGAUGUUGUGAAGAGAUUUGGUAUUGAAUUUGACUGUGAUAUUAGGAGAAGAGGCUAUUUCCCAAAAGGCGGUGGCGAAGUGUUUGUUAGUGUUCAGCCAGUUCCAUUUAUCAAACCAAUCAUCCUAACAGACCGAGGCGAGGUCUGCAGUAUCACUGGUCGUGCUUUCGUUGCUGGCGUUUUACCUAGAAAGAUUGCCUCUACAAUGGCAAGAGAAGCCACCAACACGAUCAGAGAGAUCUACCCGGAUGUUCCAAUAAAUAUUGAGGUCGUUCAAGAGUCUCCACAUGCCGCUGUGGGCAAUGGCACAGGUAUUAUUGUUGUAGCUGAAACAACUACUGGCUGCAGGUUGGCUGGAUCUGCCUUGGGUAAAAAAAAUGUGCGGGCCGAAAAGGUUGCAAAUGACGCGGCAAAUAUGUUACUAAAUAAUCUCGAACACGGUGGUUGUGUGGAUGAAUAUCUCCAAGAUCAGCUGAUUAUCUUAAUGGCCCUUGCGAAGGGCAAGUCAACAAUUCAAAGUGGUGCUAUUACUUUACAUACAGAGACAGCUAUACAUAUCGCAUCUCAAAUAACAAAUGCCAAAUUCGUUGUGAAGGAAGUUGCAGGACCCGCGGGCAGCUUCCUGAUCGAAUGUGAUGGUAUCGGUUUGGUAAACUCCUUCCUGUAAAUCUAGCUGCCUAGAGAACCAGACUAUGCAUAAUGCUGCGACACCAGCGACGAUCUGGUCCGUUUACAAGACCCACUGCUCAUUGACUUUUCAACAGUCUCUGUUUUCCACAUCUAGCUUUUUGUAGAGAACAGAGAGAAUGGUAGGAGCAGAGUAUAAAAGAGGUGAAAAUUAGUCCAGCCUGUGGGUUUUACAUACACUUCAAAGUUAUAGUAGUAUCUUUUCCAACUUACCACUUGAGGGUUUGUCUCCAAUCAAAGAAAUAACUUCAGUAAUUGAGGGGUUUUUCUUGAGUGUGCUAUUUCUGGCGGCCAUGUUGCUUGAUGUGAAACUGCCUAAGUCACAUUUGUUUGAUUCAGGCAUGAGGUAAAUCUGCCUAAGUCCCCAGUUUGACUUGGGCAGUUAUUCCAUUGACCUUCCUACACACCAGGAGAUGAGACAUUGAGUGAAGCACUUUUAACACAGGUGACUCUAAUGGUAGAGAGCUGACUUAGGCAAAAAUAUCAAUUUGGCAAAAAAAUUACUUUGGCAUUUAUUUCAUGAGGGUCACAAUAUGCCAAAAUGAAACCAGUCAGCUAAUCUGUUGGGGGCUGUGUAAUGAUUUGGUGCUACAUGUACAGUACAUGCCAGGAUUUUCGUUCAUCAAGAAUGCUUGCUUUUUAUGAAACUCGAAAUAUAAAUGAGUUGCACUGUUUCAAGCAGAGACUGCUUUGAGUUAUAUUUAGUUUUUGAACAUAACGAAUCAUCUAUCACGUCUUGGAUGAUCAGUGGUUUUCAAUGUACUCUGUCUGUCUAUGGCGUAGGAGUAAAAAAGCCUGAGCUCGGGAUGCAACUAUUAUGGAAGCUACCAAAUCAUGUCCGUGGAAAAGAACAAAGUAUUUAUGGUUGCAGUAUUUUGUUUUUGGUAAAAUUUUUGUAAGCUAACCUGUGCCGUUGUUAUUCACACCCAGGGUUGGUGAUGAGAACAAAAUAAAAGAGCCAGCUUAUUUGACCUUAAAUCCUGUGUUUGUUGUCAUGCUAUCCAUGAUAGCAUUGUAUUUGACCUGUUUUUGUGAUUUAAUCACCAGCUAGCUUGGAUUCUAAACAUUUUAAACGUUGAUAUUUGAGACACUACAUGUUGCUUUGUCAGCUAUGUGUGGCUUACGCCCCUAAGGUUUGGCUAACGCUGGUAACAGCGGUCUCCGAUUGCUAGGUUUCUCUUGGGGUCUGAAUCGGCGAUAAGGGUUAGAUGCAGACGGUCUGCACUACCACCAUUGUUCGUCAUCUGUCGUCCUGGUAUGGUCGUCCCUGAAACCGUUAACCAAGUUAAUAUUAGUUGUGAGUAUUCGAAGAGUUGUUAUUUAAGGAUGAAUAAUCUUCAGCCAUCAAAGCAUAUCUCUGUGAUAUAAGUAUUAUAGACUUAAUAUCAGUUAUGUAUUGUACGGUAUGCUGUAGAACCCUCUCACAAUCACAUACUCGAAUGCUACUACUUAUUUUGCAAUCGCCUGGUUGCAGUGAUUCUGUUUUGAACAAAUCUGGUGUCUUUUCUACCGCAAGGCUAAGAGCAGUCAGGUGCACUCCUCCCACCCCUUGACUUCACUAUUACCACAAAAAAUUCUUGCAGGUCUCAUGUUGCCCAUAAUUAGUAUCUUCAUUCGACCCAAGAGAUUUUUUGACACUAAUUUUCAUUCAUUCCGAAUUUGAUUUAUUCUGUACGUCCCUGGUGCGGGUCAGGUCAUGUCCAAAUCCCAAUGUAAAUGGGUUUGCCACGAUGCUUGUCCACAUCUUCCUGUCUUUCCUGUAUUUUUGCAAUAUCAUCAUAAAUUAUUUCCAAUGCUCAAUAAAAGAAUAAAAUUCA